AUGGCUUCUGAAAAAGUUAACGAGGCCCCACAGCAUCCACCUCCCGCAUAUGUUCCCAACAAGGAGGAACAUUACUCAAACCCUUCCACUUCUAGUGAAGGAACACGAUAUCAGCAACAAAGUCAACAAAAUCAGCAAAAUCAACCCCCCAUCCAGCAGGCUAAUCAAAAUCAGUAUAAUUUCAGGCAAGACCAAUAUUAUAACUUACAAUCCCAAACAAGUGGCGCACCCAUUGGAUCAUUCCAAGACGCUUUUCCAACAGAUGAAGAAAAGAAGAAGAUAAAAUUCAACGAUUGGCCUUUUACAAUUUUCUUCAUUAUCUGUGUCUUCGGUUUCGUUGCUAUUGCAGGUAUAACAUUACGCUCAUGGGCACGGACUUAUUCUGCAACAGGUUCUGGCAUUUAUACUUCAACUAAUACUGGUACAAUGAAUACAAAUUCUGCAAUUCUUCUGGUUUUUUCAUGUGCAAUUGCCUUAUUUUUUGCCUUCUUGGGCAUUCUCUUAUGUAGAUUAUGCCCAAGGUUCUUUAUUAUAACAGGGAUGGUAGUGAAUAUUAUAGCGGCACUGGGAACUGCAAUUAUGUACAUGUCUCUAAAAUAUUGGUCCGCAGGAAUUACCUUCCUGGUAUUCACUUUUUUCACAGCAUGGUGUUACUGGGGGAUGAGAUCAAGAAUCCCACUCACCGUGAAUAUACUGAAAAUUGUUAUUGACGCCAUGAAAAAGUGCCCACAAACUUUAAUCAUAUCUACAAUCGGCACCUUGGUUGCUACCGCUUUUGCGCUUCUAUUUUCUGCAGUCAUCGUAGCCACUUACAUUAAAUAUGAUCCAAGUAAUACCAACCCAGGUUGUGACGUCUCCGGAGGAGGAUGUUCACAUGCAAAAUUGAUAGGUAUUUUAGUAGUUGUAUUCUUCUGUGGUUACUACAUUACCGAAGUUAUUAGGAAUAUAAUCCACGUAACCGUUUCAGGUGUCUUUGGUUCAUGGUAUUACAUGUAUAAAUCCGAUCAGGGCAUGCCAAGAUGGCCCGCUCUCGGUGCUUUCAAGAGAGCAAUGACCUAUUCAUUUGGCUCAAUAUGUUUUGGCUCUUUAAUCGUCUCAAUUAUUGAUACUAUAAGACAGUUACUAAAUUUACUUAGACAAGGUAGUCUCACCAACCAAAAUUUUGGCAAUUGGUCGCAGAUUGUUUUUAUGGUUAUUGAUUGGAUAAUUGGCCUUCUAAGAUGGUUAGCACAAUAUUUUAAUCACUAUGCCUACUCAUUUAUAGCUCUCUAUGGUAAACCAUACCUAAAGGCUGCAAAGGAAACGUGGUACAUGAUUAGAGAAAAAGGUAUUGAUGCAUUGAUUAAUGAUAACCUAGUUAACGUUGCACUAGGGUUUUACACUUUGUUUGCAAGUUACAUCUCAUGUCUCUUUGCUUUCUUAUAUUUGAGAUUCACCUCACCUGGCUACAAUUCAGGUGGUGAUUUCAAUGCUCCUUUAAUGGCCUUUUCCUUCGUCAUUGCCCUUCAAAUUUGCAAUAUCGCCAACGAAGUUAUAAGAUCUGGCGUCGCUACUUUCUUUAUCGCAUUAGGUAACGAUCCUGAAGUGUUUCAGAGGUCAUAUCCAGAUAAGUUCGAUGCCAUUUUCAGAAGUUAUCCACAGGUUUUGCAAAAAUUGAGCCACCAAAAUGUUUAG